AUGGCCGACCAGUUCUUGGCCGAGCAGCACAAAUGGACGCUGUUUCAGAACUCCCAAUCUGACGAGGCGGACAGCUGGGUGAUGCUGACCCGGGACGGCGAGAUCGUACCCAUUCCCGGUGAGAAGAUACUGCAUACCUCACGGCCGCGAGUCAGCCUCGAGGUAUCAACGCCUCGGGAGCUCCAGAUCGCCGAGCCCUUCUCUCUCAGAUGCGACAAUGGGAUCGCCUACAUCACGAAUGAGCGGGUGAUCUAUCUCCCAGCUCGACCGAGCGAGAACUUCAAGUCCUUCUUUGCGCCGGUGUUGAACUUUUCCGACACCCAUGUUCAAUCCUCAUGGAUGAUAGGUCCCUGGAGCUGGGGCGGCACCGUGAGGCCGGUUACGGGAGGAGGCAUUCCCAUGCACAUCCCCAGGAUAGACGUCAAGUUUGUCUUCAGGGACGGCGGCCACAGCGAUUUCCAGACCAAGUUUGAGUGGCUCAAGGAACGCCUGCAUCAUGCCCAGGAGCUCGGCCUGAUACCGGGCCAGAAUCUUGAUCCUCCCCCGCCAUACGAGCCCAGCACUCCUGGGCCCUUGUCCUCCGGUGCUUCCGGCGGCGCCCCUGCCGACGCUCAGGCCCAGCAACAACCGCCUCAACCCGCCCCCGAUGAGCCUCCUCCGGACUACGUGGAAGCGCAGAGCCAGGCCAUUACGAUGCAGUAUGAGGAGCGCAUGAGGGAAGAGGCGGAGAGGCAGUGA